GGUUGCCCGCAAAUGGCAAGCAUCGUAUCAGCAGUGCUAUUAUAUCUGACGGCUGUAGUUCAAUGCAAGAAUGAUGAAGAAGUGAUAAAGAUUUCUUUGCGCAGCAUUCUUGAAAGGACUAUCGCGGAUGAGCAAGGAAUGCUUCUCGAAAAGAACACCACUUUCUUGGCUCCUUUAAUACUUGGAAUCACUCCACACUGUCUUGUGUACUUUGGUUGGCUGCAGCAAAUCAUGGCAGGGUAUGCAUACGGCACCUACACAUUGCCAAAGAAGAAAUAUUUUUGCGGCAACUACCUGCCGAUAGUCAUGAAAACGGAGAACACUAAUGAAGACCUGUACCUCGGCAUCAGAAGAUUUGGCCGAAGAAUACUCAUACAAAACUUGUUCGGAGAAAUGCACUAUGCGAAAGCUGCUUCCGUUGAGGACGCAAAGCAAAAAACUGCAAGGACAAAAACAGUGCAAAAUCCCGUUUUAUGGUCGUCAAUCGACCCUACAGCCAGGCAAUACCAGUUCCUCAGCAAUGAGUUCGAAAGGGGCUUCCAAUUUCGAGGAUGUUUUAUUUUUCGAGGAAGAGUCAUACUUUAUGGAGAGGAUGAUACUAACAUUAUAUUUUAUGAGCUGAAAGUCACUCAAACUGCAUUUGACGAAGAACGAGGUCUCGGCAAUCUUCUGCUUCCCACCGUCAAAAAAUUUGCAAACUUGAGCAGGAAUAUCUUUCCUCCUGCACAUGUCCGCGUGCAAGUUACGAGCGAUUCUUUUACUGCAAGAGAACUGAAUGAGGUACAUAAAGUGCAAAUUGGAUUGUACCCUCAAAGCGAUGAUAAUCAUAUUAUGCGAGGGGCUAUUGAGAUACCUUUGAUAACACUGAUGAGAGGACAGACACAUGAGAUAAAAUACCGCCAAGAUAUUCAAGCUGUCGCAUAUAAGUGUCAGUAUGAAGAUAAUGAAUCGGUCACGAUCUAUGAAAGUGACUACACUCGAGAGAAAAUUGGUAACUUUAUACUGCUGGAAAAAGGAGAAUGUCAUCAAAAUGAUAGUUUGGUAGUUCGUCGACUGCCCAACGUACGCAUUUUCAUUCUCGCAUCAAGCCGUGUAUGGAUGAAUCCAUACAGAUUCAGCAGGCGUAUGACCUAUCCCAAUGCAGUUCAUACAAUGUCGGUGCAUCACAUCCUUCGAGGAUGGAAACGCUUUAUUCCCUUACUUGUUGCAAAUUUGGCCAUCUUCACUGUGCUGAUGUACAUUGUGAGCUUAGCAAUGAAGUAUCAUCGCAAAAUGAUGAUGAAGCUGGGCGCUUACAGUUCUUCUCAAACGGCUAACACACUUUGAUUGUGCAUUUGUAAUCGUGUGA